CCACAGAUUCUUGCCCUUGCUUCGACGCUCGCCCUCGCCCCAGCUGUCUACGGCUACGGUGUUGCAACCGUCACCAUGAAGUACCACGAUCUCUGCCCUAACGGUGGCUUGCCUGGACCCAGUGUGGGAGACGCAGAGACCACCAUUGCCACGAAGGAUACCUGCACCCAACUGCCGGGCAAACACUUCUUCGAAGUCGACGCGUAUAGUUUUGAAGUAAACGCCAUUACCGGCGACACGUCGUAUGAAUGCCAUGCUGUGGCGGUCUAUUCCAACGGAGAGUGUGCCGGCCUUCCCGAGACCGCUAUCCCGCUCUUCCCUGGAGAAAAGACCGCCCACAGCCCGUGCAUAAGCGACAUUGCUUUCGACGGGGAUGUUUCUGUUCGUUUGAUCUGCGACCGUGAGCGGGAUGGAGAU